AUGGAAACAUUACCAUUAAUAAUAUUACAACAAAUUGUAAAUGAAUUGAACGAUAAUAUUGAUUUGAAUGGAUUAUAUAUAUUAUCAUCAUUCAAAUGUAUUGCCAAUCAAUCAUUGAAUGCAAUACGAACACCAUGGUUUGACAAGCCACAACUACCCAACGGUCUGCCACCACACACAUCAAUAUCAUUCGGUCCCAACUUUAUCGAGCAGAUCACACCAGGUAGUCUACCCCGCUCAUUGGUUCAGAUCACCUUGGGUGAGAACUGGGACCAUCCCCUCGUGCCCGGUGUCCUGCCACCCUAUCUCCACACACUCACACUUGGCUAUCAAUUCAAUCAACUGAUUGAUCGUGAUCACCUACCCGACUCACUCACCAGGUUGAGGUUAGGCGAUCACUAUCGCCAGCCACUACUUGUCGACGGCCUCCCGAACAGUUUACGCGAGCUUCACCUUGGGCGUGACUUUAAUCAUCAGAUUCAGCCUGGUUGGUUGCCUGCCUCGCUCAUCAAGCUAACUAUGAGCUGGGGCUACUCACACAAGGUACUAGACGAGUCUCUCCCAAAGUCAUUGCAGGAGUUGAUCUUUGGCGACGAGUAUAAUGUCAUGAUCGACCCAUUCGUGUUGCCAAGGAACUUGAUCACACUCACACUCAGCAAGAGUUACAAUCAACAUUUGCUUUCAAGGACCUUGCCCCCAUCUCUACUCCAUCUUACCUUUGGACUAAUGUUCAACUGUCCCAUUGAGCUUGGAUUCAUGCCCAGGACACUGACUCACCUGACCUUUGGUCGACAGUUCUCACAUCCAAUCACAGAGGACAUGUUACCAGCAACACUCCAAUAUCUUGCCUUUGGUCAACAUUUCAAUCAUGACAUCAGUGGUAUCCUCCCUAAAUCAUUGUUAAGUCUCGAGUUCAUCUACAGCUACUACGACCGCCCUCUGGUCUCUGGAUCCCUCCCAGAGACAUUGACAACAUUGAAGUUGUCAGUCAGGUAUAAUCACGCCAUCCCACAUGGUAUGUUACCAAACUCACUUGUACACCUUGAGUUUGGACAGAUGUUCAACAAGACAUUGGCUCCUGGAGUGAUACCUCAAUCAGUCAAGUACCUUCAAUUCGGUAACAACUACUCAGCACCAUUGGAGACUGCAACAAUGCCUUUGUCACUCACAAAGUUGACAAUACCAUCAAAGUAUUUGUUCAAUCUCUCAUUGUCCAAGUUCAAUCUGAAGACAUUGUCAGUGUCAUGUCCACCGACAGACACUAGAAACAUCAGAUCAGCCAAGAUAGUAUAUCAUCCAACAGUACAAACAUACAUUGUCAACAAUCGUAUCUAUCUUAGAUGUUUGGACACCGAGUAUACUUUAGUACUACUUGGUGAGACACUGGAAGGAAACAUACACAAGACCAAAGAGUUAUUCCUAUCUCUUCCAACAUCACCAAACACACUCGAUCAGAUAUGA